AUGUCGCUUGAAGUAUCAUUAUCACUGCUUUCACUGGCAGAACCUGUGCCUGAAGGUUCUAUAGACCUUAAAACUUUGGUCUUUAAGCCAAAGACACCUAAAAGUCAGACCCCAGUUCCAAUAAUUGUCGUUGCCAAACAAACCACUCAAACUCCCUCCAAAUUAAUUGGUCAACAGGCUGAAGCUAAGGAUCCAAGACUGGCCAAUGAUGCCCUCACCACUGAAUUAUUUGGUGUUGCUGCCAAGGAAUUCACUAUCGCGUCUUUGAGUGUGAAAAACAAAGGUGCUAUCAAAGUCUUAUUGGAUUCCACCAUCUCUGAGGAUGAAUCGAUCCAUUACGUUAUAUCUAAUAGUAAGGGAAGACUCAUUUUGAAUGGAAAACAAUUAAUAGGUUUUCUAUCUUUAUUCACUCCUAAAGUCGUGGACUUUUCCAAGGCCCCAGAACCUGCUGCUCCAAAGAAGCAGGAAAAGAAACAACAGAAGCAGACUAAAGUUGCCAAAAUGGAUGACGCCAAGUUGAUCGGUGUCACUGCUGACAAGGAUAAAGACUUUUCAGGCUGGUACCAACAGAUCUUGGUUAAGGGAGAAAUGCUUGAUUACUACGAUGUUUCGGGUUGUUAUAUCUUGAGACCUGGCUCUUACAGUAUCUGGGAACAAAUCCAGUCUUGGUUUGACAAAAAAAUUAAGGAGAAUGGCGUCCAUAAUGCGUAUUUCCCAAUGUUUGUCUCUUCAAAGGUUUUGACAAAGGAAAAAGAUCACAUCGAGGGUUUUGCUCCCGAAGUGGCUUGGGUCACUCGUGCUGGAUCCAGCGAGUUGGAAGAACCUAUCGCAAUUAGACCAACUUCAGAGACUGUCAUGUAUCCAUACUACUCCAAGUGGAUCCGUUCUCAUAGAGACUUGCCAUUUAAGUUGAAUCAAUGGAAUUCUGUGGUUAGAUGGGAGUUCAAGCACCCACAGCCAUUUUUAAGAACCCGUGAGUUUUUGUGGCAGGAAGGUCACACUGCUCAUUUGACUGCUGAAGAGGCGGAGACCCAAGUGAUACAUAUCUUGGAUUUGUAUGAAAAAAUCUUUGUUGAUCUUUUGGCUCUUCCUGUUAUCAAAGGUAAGAAAACCGAAAAGGAGAAGUUUGCCGGUGGUUACUACACUACCACAUGUGAAGGCUACAUUCCAACUACCGGUAGAGGUAUUCAGUGUGCUACUUCGCAUAACUUGGGCCAAAAUUUCUCUAAGAUGUUCAACAUCUCUGUUGAGAAUCCUGAAGGAUCAGAUAAACCAAAGUUAUUUGUUCAUCAGACUUCCUGGGGUCUUUCCACUAGAGUUAUUGGUGUUAUGGUGAUGGUGCACUCCGAUAACAAGGGCCUUGUUGUUCCUCCAAGAGUUGCACAGUUCCAAACAGUUAUCAUUCCCGUUGGUUUAACAGUCAAAACUUCAAAGGAUAUUAAGAACAAGGUCUAUGACACUUGCAAGAAGUUAGAGGCUACAUUGAAGAACAGCGGUAUCAGAGUUGCUUCCGAUUAUAAGGAUAACUACUCCCCAGGUUGGAAGUUCUCUCAAUGGGAAUUGAAAGGUGUUCCAGUUAGAUUGGAGGUUGGUCCAAAGGAUAUUGCUAACGGGUCUGCCUUGGCUGUGAGAAGAGAUACUGGUACCAAGACUGCCAUAAAGCUUGCAGAGAUUGCUGUCAAGUUACCGGAACUUUUCGAAGAGAUACACAAGAAUCUUUACGAGACUGCCAAGAGGAACUUCGAUGACCACCGUGUUAUUGUGCAUGACUGGAAAGACUUUGUUCACCAAUUGAACCAGAAGAAUAUUGUUUUAGCUCCUUGGUGUGGGGUUGGAGAGUGUGAAGAGGAUAUUAAGAAGGCCUCUGCAAAGAGUGAUAAUGGUGAGGAGUUUGAGAUUGACGACAAGGCUCCUUCGAUGGGUGCAAAGUCUCUUUGUAUUCCAUUUGAUCAGCCAGAGCUUAAGGAAGGCACCAAAUGCGUCAAGUGCGGAAAGCCUGCCGUAAAUUACACUAUCCUCACAAGAACACAAUUUAUUCGUCAUUACUCUACUUUUAUUGCCUCCGGGGUUGCUUUAAAGAAGUUCCCUUUGACAAAAUGUAUCAAGGAUAUAUAUAGGUCCCCACCUUGCGCGAACAGUCCCAUCAGUUUAAAGGGAUGGGUUUCAGGUACGAGAAUAUCCAAGAAUGUCGCUUUUGUGGAUAUGGUAGAUGGAACUACUUAUGAAGAUGUUAAAUGUGUUGUUAGACCACCUUAUCUACUUCCAAAUGCCGUUAAGGUAGGUACAUCCAUCAAGAUUGACAAUGGCUUAUGGGUCGAAGGACGUGGUAAACAGAAGUACGAGGUUCAAGUGACCGAGAAUUCCUCUAUUGGUGUCAUCGGAGAAGUUGAGGAGUUAUUUCCGUUGUUGAAAAAGCAGCAUACGGAGAAAUUUCUAAGAACCAUUCCUCAGUAUCGCUGGAGAAAGCCGGAAGAAGCUGCCAUUCUUAGGUUCAGAUCGAACGUGGAAACGGCACUUGUUAACUUUUUUGACCAGCACAGCUUCACGAAGACGCAUCCUCCAAUUAUGACGAGUUCUGAUUGCGAAGGAGCUGGUGAACUGUUUACAGUGGAGGCAGCAUCCAACGCUUCUCUGGAUAAAUGCUUUUUUGGUAAGGAAGCUUACUUAACAGUUUCCACGCAGUUACAUUUGGAAGUGUUGUGCGCCGCUUUGAAUCGUGUCUGGACGUUAACUCCUUGCUUUCGUGCCGAAGAAAGUGAUACCAAUAGACAUCUCUCCGAGUUUUGGAUGUUGGAGGCAGAAAUGGCAUUCACCAGUAGGGUUGACCAACUUACAGACUUCUCUGAGUUGAUGAUUAAAAGUGUCAUUUCCAAGCUAUUUUCUGAUUUUUAUGGAAUGGGCAGCAAUUUAUUGAAGACUGCUAGUAAAGAACAGGGUGCUUCUAUGUUGAAACGUUGGGAAAUGCUUCUUGGGCAGGAAAAAUGGGCCUCUAUUACAUAUACUGAUGCUAUCAAGAUUCUACGGACAGCCUAUGAAAAUGAUGAUUCUGUGUUUCAAUACGAACCGAAAUGGGGGGAUUCGUUGAAGUCAGAGCACGAGAAAUGGAUUGCGGGUGAAUACUUCAAAAAUCCUGUAUUUGUGACAGACUAUCCAGUGGAAGAAAAAGCAUUCUACAUGAAGAUCAACGAAGGUGGAAAUACACCAGCACCUACGGUGGCAUGUUAUGAUUUGCUUGUUCCAGAUAUCGGAGAGUUGAUUGGGGGUUCGUUAAGAGAAGAGGAAUAUGGAAAGCUUUGUACCGAAAUUGAGAGAAGAAAAUUGAACUUGGAGCCUUUGAAAUGGUACCUUGCCCAACGAAAAAACGGAACGUUUCCUCAUGGCGGAUUUGGUAUGGGAUUCGAAAGGCUCUUACAAUACCUCAGCUGUAAAGACAACAUCAAGGACGUGAUUGCGUUCCCUAGAACAGUUAAUAACUGUCUAUGUUAG